UUCCAGUCAUAUGCAAUGAAUAUUGUCGGUGAUUAUGAGUAUAGUUCGAAGGAUAUGCUGGGCCAUGGCGCCUUUGCCGUUGUCUACAAAGGACGUCAUCGCAAGAAACAUUUUCCCGUGGCCAUAAAAUGUAUUACCAAAAAAGGUCUAAUAAAAACGCAAAACCUUUUGGGUAAGGAAAUUAAAAUUCUCAAAGAAUUGACAGAAUUGCAUCAUGAGAAUGUCGUGGCACUGCUCGACUGUAAAGAGUCACAGGAUUGUGUCAAUUUGGUUAUGGAGUAUUGCAAUGGCGGUGAUUUAGCGGAUUAUCUGAGUGUCAAGGGUACUCUGAGUGAGGACACGGUUAGAUUAUUUUUAAUCCAAUUAGCUGGUGCCAUGAAAGCUUUAUAUACCAAAGGAAUUGUCCAUCGUGAUCUGAAACCACAAAAUAUUUUAUUAUCGCACAAUUAUGGCAAGACACUGCCAGCACCAUCAAAAAUAACAUUGAAAAUAGCUGAUUUUGGUUUUGCUCGUUUCCUUAAUGAAGGCGUUAUGGCUGCCACCUUAUGUGGUUCUCCCAUGUAUAUGGCUCCCGAGGUGAUAAUGUCAUUGCAAUAUGAUGCUAAGGCCGAUUUGUGGUCAUUGGGUACCAUUGUCUAUCAAUGUUUAACGGGCAAGGCGCCAUUCUAUGCACAAACACCAAAUGAAUUGAAAUUCUAUUAUGAACAAAAUGCCAAUUUAGCACCUAAAAUACCCAACGGAGUGUCACCCGAAUUACGUGAUUUGUUAUUGUGCCUGUUGCGGCGCAAUGCCAAGGACAGAAUUUCAUUUGAAAGUUUUUUCAAUCAUCGUUUCUUGCAGGGCAAAAAAGCGGCCACAUCACCAGGUAAGGUUGCUGCUCAAAAUGUUUUUAAUUAUUUUGAAAUGUUUUUUUAUUUUCCAGCGGAUAUACCAGCUUCAUUGGCUAUGGGCACCACACCACCUACCAAAGCGAAAAGUCCAUUACAGCAACAGCUUGAACAACAACAACAGCAGCAGCAACAACAUUUACAACAACAGUUACAGCAACAGAAACAGCAGCAGCAAAAACACCAGCUACAACAUCAACGUUCCGAUGCCGAUGAGGAUUUGCAAGAUGAAAAUGCUGUUUCUGUAGUUGAAAACCCCGCCAUAUGUGCCACCAUUACAAAUGUCGGCAUUUUAUGCGAAAGUGAAAAUAAUACCGAAGAUUCAUCGGGAUCUCAUGAGGAUUCGGAUGAUUUCGUAUUGGUACCCAAAAAUCUUCCAGAAGAUCAAAAUGUUAAAGACUAUGAAAAGAAACAUUCCAACAAACAACAGACGACAGCAGAUAAAAAUGCCGUUGGUCAAAAUCAAUCAAGUCCUCCAAGACCCAGCACUUUACCAAUUUCCGAACCCAAGCCGGUGCCGGCUCCAGUGCGUCGUUACUCGGCGAAUAAUCCAACAAAUGUGGCGGCAACAACAGCUCCGGGAACCUCACCCAUAGAUAAGAAUCAUGUACGCUAUCGGGCCGAAAGUGAUCAAAUUUCGUCACCCAAGCUCUCCACAACUGCACCUGCAGCAUCGGCGGCCCAACCCAUACCACGCUCUCAGCCAAUUAGUGUAAAGCAGAGACCUGAUCAUCGCAAGAGCAGUGUCAGUAGUGAUAUCAAUUCCAUAUCACCACCGGCUGUACAAUUUGCCAUUGGCACACCACCACAAGGACGUCACCGAUCCACAUCGGGAGGUUCCCUUUCGGAAACACCACCCCCAUCGGCGCCAUGCACUUGGCAGGUGAGUCCUGGGGGACAAACCCAAUCGCCACUCAGACGCUCCGGACAUAGUUCACCCGUGCUUCCGUCCGCAUUAACUAAGCUACCCACAUUGGGCAGUCCCACCUUGAUGGUGGCACCCGGUUCGGUGGGAUCUCUCGGCUCCGGUAAUGGAUCAUCAUCGGAGAAUAACAAUCAACAUCCCAUGUUGGGACCACGUGCAUUCACACUACCCGAACUGGGGGCCACCGGUGGUCUACAAAGUCUCUUGGAUACAAAUGCCGCUGGCGGUGUUGGUGGCAACGCAUCCGAUGUCCAUCAUCAUUUGCAUGCAUUCCAUGCCCCCGAACUGUCAGAGGAGACUCUAAUGGAUCGUGAACACAAUGAAACUCUAUCGAAAUUGAAUUUUGUUUUGGCUCUAACCGAUUGUAUACAAGAAGUGGCCGAUUCUCGAUGUGCACCGCUGUCAGCAUUGAUGGCGGCCGCCUCCAAUGAUCAACCACAAAUCCCACCGCAUGCCCCAGAACAUUGUAAGAGAGCGGAACGUUUAGUGUUGUUGGUGAGGGCUUUGCAGCUGCUAUCAUCGGGUCUGAACUUGGCCUCACAACAACUGAGAAGUGGCAAUUUGAAACCUUCAUCGAAUGUUAAAAAUGCUUUGCUUACCAUGAACUCCAAAUAUCGCAGCAUUUUAUUUGAAUCGAAGAAAUUAAAUGGCACUGGUCUCUUGCAAAAAGCCAAUGCAUUUAAUAUUACCGCAGAUAAGAUUUUAUAUGAUUAUGCUUUAGAUAUGUGUCAAGCAGCAGCCUUGGAUGAACUGCUGAGUAAUACCAAAAAUUGUUUUGAACGCUACAAUACCGCUCACAUUCUUUUACAUUCGUUGGUCCAGAAAUGUAAUCAUCCACAAGAUAAAAUGCUUUUAAAUAAAUAUCGUGAUGCUGUGGAAAAACGCUUAAAUAUUCUGCAGCAACAAGGUUAUAUUUAUGUUACCGAUGAAAAUUCGUAA